AGGGAGACACAUUCCAAGAUCCAAACAAUGAAUUUGGUAAAGAAUGUUCGGCUUCCAGGCGGAUGAGCUGGUCGGGCUGUAUCUCGGGGGCUGGCCGCGCAUUCACAGCCUGCUUUCCACUUGGAGGCUGCCGCCCAGGGGACAGGAACGCAUUUGCAGAGGCCGUGUCCACAGUGGGCCGGGGCUAUAACCUCUCCUCUGGAUGAAAAGACAGGAAGAAUGGAUUACAGUCACCAAACUUCCCUAGUCCCAUGUGGGCAAGAUAAAUACAUUUCCAAGAACGAACUUCUCCUGCACCUGAAGACCUACAACCUGUACUACGAGGGCCAGAACUUGCAGCUGCGACACCGGGAGGCUUUGCUCUGCGGGCAGGAAGAAGACGAGUUCAUCGUGGAGGGGCUGCUGAACAUCUCCUGGGGGCUGCGGCGGCCCAUCCGCCUGCAGAUGCAGGACCACAACGAGCGCAUCCGGCCGCCUCCCUCCUCCUCCUCCUGGCACUCGGGCUGCAACCUGGGGGCGCAGGGCACCAUCCUGAAGCCCCUCACCAUGCCUGCCAUUCAGAUCUCAGAGGCCGACGCCCCUCCAGAGGGCGACCAGACGCCCAGCUCCACAGACUCCAGAGGCCUGAAGCCGGUGCAAGAAGACACCCCACAGCUGAUGCGCACGCGCAGUGAUGUUGGGGUGCGUCGCCGUGGUAACGUGAGAACGCCCAGUGACCAGCGGCGAAUCCGACGCCACCGCUUCUCCAUCAACGGCCAUUUCUACAACCACAAGACAUCAGUGUUCACACCUGCCUAUGGCUCAGUCACCAACGUCCGCAUCAACAGCACCAUGACCACCCCGCAGGUCCUGAAGCUGCUGCUCAACAAAUUUAAGAUUGAGAAUUCGGCGGAGGAGUUUGCUUUGUACGUGGUCCACACCAGUGGUGAGAAACAGAAGCUGAAGCCUACCGAUUACCCGCUGAUAGCACGCAUCCUGCGGGGCCCCUGCGAGCAGGUCUCCAAGGUGUUCCUCAUGGAGAAGGACCAGGUGGAGGAGGUCACCUAUGAUGUGGCCCAGUACAUCAAGUUUGAGGUUCCGGUCCUGAAAAGUUUCAUCCAGAAGCUCCAAGAGGAGGAGGACCGGGAGGUGAAGAAGCUGGUGCGGAAGUACACUGUGCUCCGGCUAAUGAUUCGGCAAAGGCUGGAGGAGAUAGCUGAGACGCCAGCAACCAUCUGAGCCACAGGAAUGGGGGAUCCCGGGGCCCCAGGGGCCACCACUGACCCAGGAAGACCCACAGGAAGCCAGGCGCUCCCCUCCCAUGGCAAUGCUUAUGUGUCAACCGCAAGCCAUCCUUUGCUCCCAGGAACAGGAUGUGAAGCCAGUGGACCAGUCCCUAUACCUGGACCCCUGCUCUCCUCUCUUUCACUUGCAAGGACUUUUGAUUUUAAUUGUAAGGAAGACCGGAUGUGUGUCUGAACAUGCGCGUGCGUGUGCACAGGAGCCGCGCCUGUGCCUGCCUGGUCUUCCCACCCGAGUUCACUCCAGCAGCCAGCUCAGCCCUCGAGGCUGGCAGAUGUGUGCCUGGGGCGGGAAAGUCCGAGGACGGUAAAGGAGAUUUCUUCUCUUAAGAGGCAGCGGCAGCCACGUGAAUCUGCCCAAGUUUAGAGCAGGGAGAGUGUGCUGCGAGCUCGCUGCUGGGGGUAUCUGUGUUGGUAGAGAUGCCCUGUAUGCCUGGAAAGAUCAGUGAAUGCGAGAUCCUCGGAAAUUAAAUGAUAACAGCCUUGUAGCCUUGCCUGAAGGAGAGAAACAGACCCCCCUGGGUUAAUGCAAUGAGUCCACAAUGUUUACACUGGAAACUCUGCUUGCUUUAAAUAACAAAGAUGGAUGUGCUGGUCCACAUGGUUGCUGGAGAUGGAUGGAUUCUGCUUUGUUUUGCCGCCAGGAGAGGGAGAGCGAACCCUCACUGCGCCUUCUUAGGCUGGAGGAAAGUUCCACGAAGCAGAGGCCCUGCCGGGCGCUUGUGAGGCCUGGCUUGUUCCAGGAAGGUGGCCAGGAAGUUGCCAAGCCCCCUCCUUUGGGCUGACGGGAAGGACAGCCCAGGCCGGCUUCACGUUGGCAAGUCUUCCUGUGCCUGGAGCCAGGCCGCGUGGUUGCGCUUUCUUCUCUCCAGCCGCUGAUUCUUGCAAGCUCCCCCACCCUGUGCGUGAACGCAGGCCCAAGCAGGAGCACUCGUCCUGCUGAGGAUCGAGUGUGGGGCUCAGGCAGCUCUGUGGACUGCCCGGUGGGAGUAGCCCAAGGAUGGAGCUUGCCCUGCUUCUGUGAGCUGAUCUUCAGAGCAGCCUCAUCCAGGCUCCAGGAUGGGGAUGUCUGUCCCCUGGCUCCUGUGUGGCUGUGCCUUCUGAGGGACGACAGAGGCCUGGAGCUGGGUGCCAGGCUGUGGAGAUAACUGAGCAAGACCAGGAACUCCUAACAGCUCCAAGUCUAGCUGGGGAGGAGAGCUGCACAUCUGUCCACCUGCUCCCAGGGGUGGCCUGGAGGCCUGGCCAGUUGGGAAAGCAGAACCACCUGCCAGGGCCUUCCAAGGACGCUGGGCCUCUGCGAUAGAGCCACUCCCGCACCACCAGCCUUCUCCCCAGUGUCUACAACAGCUGCACAGCUGUGUCUCACUGUAGCUUUUUGCAAGAUGGGCUGCUGCCCCUGGGCCUGCUGCCGGAAUCGCCCAGUGAGCCCGCUUCCUCCAUGGGGACAACAGGACCAGCUCCACAGGGCUUCUGUCAGUCCUGCACCUCAGCGGGCAUCUGCCAGAGGUUUAUGUGACAUGGUGUCAAAUGAAGGAAAACCCUGAGCCAGCGGCUGGCGAGGUGGAAUGAAGCGUGAGGCCCCAUUCUUGGUGAUCACAGGAGUCGGAAUGUGGAGACUUACGUGGGGGCAGGACCUGGCCCUGGGGAAGGAACCGAGACGCACAAAUGAGAUAAGCUCGCGCGCGCCCCAGUCUCUAGAUUGGGUGGACUUUGACUUCGCUCUUCUGUAGUUUUUCUUUUCUUUUCUUUUUUGGUGCUGGGAUCGAACCCGGGGCUUCAUGCAUGCUAAGCACAGCGGCGCCAUGAGCUACCUCCCUGCACAAGAGCUCACAUUGGUGACUCAGCCACCGCAGGCAACCCCAGCCUCCGGGAAUGGAUGAAUCCACACAGCAACGCAGAGUUCUCAAGGCCCGGUCACCUCCAGAGGCACCCCCUCUACGAGCCUGCGCUGGCACUGAGUUUCUCACACAUGGAUCUGGGGACACAGUCAAAUCAAACAGAGUGAAAUGACGCGUCCUCCUGGCGUCCUGGCAGAGAAAGCAGGGGCUGCGGCACAGGAGGCCGGGUUCACCCGCCUGACUCCUAAAUCCCAGGGACUCAUCCAUGCGGAGCCUUCCUUUAGGACUGGGUCUCCUCACCAGCAGAAAAGCAGAGCUGCCCCACAGGGGACAGGGGACCCGGGCUGGGCUGGAGGGAACCCCCAGGGUCCCCAGAGGUAAGGUUUUCAGAGUCAGGACCAAGUACCCUGCUAAGUAGGACAGUUAAUCCUGACUUGGUCAGCCCGGUACCCAGAUACUUAGUUCAAACACUGGUCUAGAUGCUACGUUUAGAUGAGAUUAAUGUUUAAAUCAGAUGUGACUAGGCGCCCUCCAUAAGGUGAGUGGCCUCAUUCAUUCCACUGAAGUCCCUAAGAGAAGAGACUGCAGGACCUUGAGGCACAAAGAGCUCUGCUUCCAGCCUGCCUUUGGGCUUGAAUUGCAUCCUUGAUCAAGUGAGCCAAUCAUUAAAACAAAUUCUCUCCAUCUACAUAUAAUUGUCAGACCUCCAUAGCUACAGGUUCUGUAUCAUUGAAUUCAACCAACUGUGCAUCAAAAAUAGUAAAAACAAGAGCAAAAGCAGGGCUUGGUAAUGCACACCUGUACUUCCACACCCUGGGAGGCUGAGGCAGGAGGACUGCAAUUAUGAGCCCAGCCUGGGCAACUUAGUGAUUUAGUGAAACUCUGUCUCAAGAUAAAUGGAGCUGGGUACUAUGGGUGCCUAUCUGCAAUCCUAGCACUCAGGAGCUGAGGCAGGAGGAUCAUUGUAAGUUUGAGGCCAAUCUGGGCUACAUGUGAAUUCAGGGUCAACCUGAACUACAGAGUUCAGACCCUGUCUCAAAAGAAAGUUUAAAACAAAGAUUUCUAGAAAGUUCCAUAAAGCAAAACUUGAAUUAGUUGUGUGCCCAGCACGCUACACACAUACCCCCUCCUGUGAGGCCACAAUCUUCGUCUCUCCAGACCUCGUCUGUGUAGUUGGAUCGAUAAUUGCACACAAAAAUGUGUAUACUUUUUCUUGUCCUCGUUCCCUAAACAAUACUGUAUGGUAACUAUUUCCCUAACAUUUACAUAGUAUUAGAUAUUCUAAAUCACCCAGGAGUGAUUUAAAUUUGCAGGAGGAUGGGUGCAUGAGAGAAAAAAAGAAACGUUGGAUAAGUUGGUUCCUUUCUACUGUUAUUCUGAGUUCCUGUAGUUGGAGACUUUAGUCAGAAGAUGAUGGCCUUUCAGCUGGCAGGUUAACUAAACUGGGAGACAGGAUGAGCAGACGGGCGACCCCUCCGAGGCAGUGACACGUGUGUGCUGCAUGUCAGGGGUGGAGGGGACACAGACAAAAUGGUUUGCUUGGGCCUCACCAAGCCCCCGAAUCAAGCAGUGAGCCUUGUAGCAGUUUAGAUUGCCCCAUUUCACCCAGUAAGUGCCAGUAGCCUUCUGCAAAGGUCGCUGACAGUUGUCUUGCUUUUAUGGAAGUAGCUUUUAUGAAAUAAUUUGGUUUUGUCUAUUUUAGGUAAUGAAGUUAUGACAGUGGAGUUGUAACAAAACUGUACUGUGAAGAACAUGUUACCACAGGGCUUACAUACCAGCAAACUCUACAGAAAAUUGAAUUUGGGUAAAACUGCUGUUUUCACUGUAAAACCAAGCAAAAUAAUAAAAAAAACCCAACCCACGUGAUUUCA